GGUAUUUAUUCAUUUCCAUUUCGUUUUCAGAUUAGAGAUAUUAUGGCACGCCACUGCCGUGUUUAUAUGAUUUCGUCUAAUGUAUCCCGCACGGUUUGUGGAUCCUGCGGACCAAACAUUACGACCGUGGCUCCAUGUUCGCCUCAAGCGAGGAUUAACACCCCUGGACGCUGACUGGCAAAACACAGCUUGGGUUUAAUCAGUCACCGCUGCUGUACUCGUUUUAAUGUAGACUCAUACUGUCGUGUUUACUAAUACAGCAGGAUCAACAGCAGCAGCAGCAGCAGCAGCAGGAGGAGCGAAGGACUCUGGCCAGUGGAAAGGCAUGGAUGAAAGAUCAUGUGUGCCCCCCAGCUAAAGGCCUCUGUCACCUGACCUUUGCAUCCCACCAGUCCCUCUGUGAGCAUGUAUCGCAGGAACGGGCUCUCAGAUGGCACCAGCAUCAAUUCAGUCACCUCAGAGGCCAGCAGCAGCUCUGAUUCUCUGGAUGGACCUUGUUUGGACUAUGCCAAGAGCUACAAUGCAGUUAUCUUUGAUGUGCUGAAGGUGACGCCUGAAGAGUUUGCUAGUCAAAUCACUCUAAUGGAUGCUCCUGUCUUUAAAGCGAUACAACCAGAGGAGCUGGCCAGCUGUGGAUGGAAUGGGAAAGAGAAACACAGUUUGGCCCCCAAUGUGGUAGCAUUCACACGCAGGUUCAACCAGGUGAGCUUUUGGCUGGUUAGAGAAAUCCUAACUGCCCAGACAUUGAAAAUCCGAGCAGCAAUACUGAGCCAUUUUGUCAAAAUAGCAAAGAAACUGCUGGAGUUCAACAACCUUCAUUCUCUGGUGUCAGUGGUGUCUGCUCUGCAGAGUGCUCCCAUCUUCAGACUCAGCAAAACCUGGGCGUUGAUCAGUCGGAAAGACAAGGCCACAUUUGAGAAGCUAAACUGUUUGACAUCCAAGGAGGAGAACUACACCCGCAUGAGAGAAUACAUCCGCUCCCUGAAGAUGGUGCCCUGCAUUCCGUACCUUGGGAUCUACCUGUUGGACAUGAUCUACAUCGACUCAGCCUAUCCUGCAUCAGACAGUAUCAUAGAGACAGAGCAGCGGACCAAUCAGAUGAACAACCUUCUGAGGAUCAUCUCUGACAUGCAGAUGUCAUGUAACUAUGAUCAUCUUGUGACCCUGCCGCAUGUCCAGAAGUAUCUCUUGUCAGUCCGCUACAUAGAAGAACUACAGAAGUUUGUAGAAGAUGACAACUUCAAGCUGUCUCUGAAGAUUGAACCUGGCAAUAGUUCCCCUCGCAUUGCUUCUUCUAAAGAAGACCUGGCAGGUCUGUCAGAGGUAUCGGCCUCUAUGAGGUAUAACCGACGGCCUACCUGUCCUGAUGCCUCUGUCGGGGUCCGCAUCCCCACCCCCCCUCCCUCCCACCACAGGAAGAGCUAUAGUUUGGGAAACAAUAUGAUGUGUCAAUAUGGCAUGUCGGAGAGCAGGAGUGCCACGUUUCCCAUAGAGAAAGCACGACACCUGCUGGAUGACAGCUUCUUAGAGUCUCAGAGUCCUGUCAGAAAUGAUCCACACAGUACAUCAGUGUCUAAUGGCCUGUCAUUAGGCAGCAGUGAACGUUCUUUUGGGGAGGAGCUGUCACUUGGAAUGGAGAGGGGCCGCAUGUACGCAACACUGGGCCCCAACUGGAGAGUCCCACUUCGCAACUCCCCCCAGAGCCGCAGCUAUGUUUACAGCCCCUCUGCUGCCAACCCCUACUACGGAUUGAGCGAGGGUGGCAGGGUAAUCAUUGAAGGGCCCCUGCGAAGGAAAACGCUACUGAAGGAGGGACGGAAACCCAAGUUGGCAUCAUGGACCAGAUUUUGGAUCAGUCUGUCUGGUUCAACACUGAUAUUUUAUGGUGCAAAAGCACUGAGAGCAUCUGAGAGGAAGCAUUACAAGUCCAGCCCCUGUAAGAAGGUGUGUGUAACUGGUUGGAUGGUGGUGCUGCCAGAUGACCCAGCCAGACCCAAUAUUUUCCAGCUCAAUGACCCAGAUAAAGGCAAUGUUUACAAGUUCCAGACAGGAUCCAGAUUUUCAGCGAUUAUCUGGCACAAAAACCUGGAAGAAGCUUGCAGGAGCAGUAGACCUCAGAUACCAGCAAACCUCAUGUCAUUUGAAUGAGAGCAGACCUUACUUGGGACAUUAUUGUGCCAAACACAUUUGUUUGGGAAGCAUAAACUAAAUGAUGGAAUACAAUGAUAUAUAUUGGUAUCUACUGAAAUGGGACAGUCAAGAAGCAUCUGACACUGUAGAAGCUCCCUGACACCUGCUGUCUUCUUCACUGUGACUGUGUAAUGUAAAUUCUUAAAAAAAAAAAUUUUUUUUUAGUGAGUGGAAGACUUUGGUGAGGUUACCCCUUUGUUUUUUUUUCUCUAACUUUCCUUGUUCCCUGUCAUUCAUUAUGCUACUAUGUACAUGUGAGUAAGCAAAUUGUUUUUGGCCCAUGUUGGGUUUCUGUUUGGGUGAAAAGUUGCAUCAGUGCAUAAAUUUAGGCAUCUGUUAGCUGACUGAUGUUGAUCUUUGCUUUGCAGAUCAGGCUGAUAUGCCCUUCAAAUGAAGAUGCCCCUGUUGUUCAGUGAUUAAAUUUAUGAAACUGCUGUUGUAAGGCAACUAAGACUAAAUGAACGCUUACUUGUUUUGUUGUAAAUAGGGUAAAACAUUUAGGUUUUUCUGCAUUUCAACAUUAUACCGAGGUGGGAGAGAGGGCAUCAACGUCAGUGCGCAUGCCGACUCAUGAUCUUGGAGCUAUCCGGAAAGUAUUGAGGAUGAAAAAUAUGAUCACAGUUGAAGGUCAUGCUGUGUUGCAGCAAAAAGGACAGACGGUGACAGCCCUGUAACAUACAGCUGGACUGGAAUUUGUUCCAAAAUAAGACACUUUGUAAUCGAGAAAAAUACAAAAAAAAUUGGAGCCAUGAUUUUCACUUUAAGCCCUGGUGUUGGUCAAAUGAGGAAGCGCCUCUGGAUCAGUUCACCUUUUGAUUCCUUGCUACCUCAGUUGGUAGGCCUCUUGUAAAAGGUGUUUGCAGAUGUACAUACUGAGGUUUACAAAUAGCACCGAUUACUAUUUUCUACAGAACAAAUCAAACUUUGUCCAACACCAUGGAAAUGGUACUGAACAAGGUGACGGCUACAAUCAAUAAUGGGGAAAAACAGUCAGCCAAGGCAGCUGGCUGAGUGAAUUUAAAGCAAUUUACAAUGAGGUACCAAACUAUCAACAAUUGUUUGUGUAAAUACUGUAUUUAUGUGUAAAAGAGCUUAUUUUUGACAAUUGGCCAUCAAAGGUAAACAGUAUGAUUGACUAUCUUUGAUCACCAGCAGCAGGAAGCUGCUCCUCAGAGAGACUGUUGGUGGGAAGCCACCCUAAAACUUGGUUUGACUCCUGAUCUCACACUGAAGGAUGCUGGGAUAAGGGAAGACUCCAUCAGCAUUAUUACAUAAUGUGCUUCACAAGCAAAAUGUUAUGUUGAACUUAAAGGAUAAUUCUGCUUUAUUACAACUUGUAUCUUAUUCACAUAUGGUUGCCCUUCUCCAGAGUAAUUUCAGACAUGCACCGCAAACAUCACUGAUGUUUGAUUUUGAUUGAUUUGAUUUGAUUUAUUCUUUCAAACAUGUAACGACAGUCAAUAUGUCAACACACAUAA